UCUUCGGUCGCGUGCACCUCUCAGCAUGCGGUUUGUUCGGUGCGUUCGGCGAAUGCGCGGCGAGAUGAACACGCUGUAGUAGUCAAACUCACUCUCCGCGUCACACUCACUUCGGUUCUGACUUGCGUAUCGUCACGUUAUCGCGUUAUCGUGUAAUCGCGUCCAGUUUGUCUGCCGUCAUCGUUGUGAGUAAACGCGCGCGCUUGCAAUCGUGAUCCGCGAGUUUGCGUAUAAAUAAAAUAAUUAAUUAAUAAAACAAAACUGAUCAAUAAUCCUAUUAUUGUAAAGUGAUCUCAGACACAAUGAAGAACAAAUAAAUAUAAAGUGUAGUUUGGUGUAUUUGUAAAGUUAUAUUGUUAAAAUUGGGAUUGCACUUGCACUUGAAGAAUAUUAAUCAAUUUAUCAGCGACCAUGCCACAACCGGAAUGUCAGAAUUGUUUCGCUCGAGCUAUUUACGACAACGUGGCCGAAUCUAAGGAUGAGCUGCCAUUCCGCAAAGGUGACGUGCUCACCGUACUUGAGCAAAACACCGCCAACAUGGAGGGAUGGUGGCUGUGCUCGAUGCGCGGCCGACAGGGCAUUUGUCCCGGUAAUCGCCUCCGACUGAUCCCGGGCUAUUACGAGGACAACUCCAGCCGGGGCCCAUCGCCACAGAUGCAAUUCAGUGAUAUGCGCGGCAUACACGCCGUGAACAACAUACGCAACGAGAUGAACAGCAUGCAUCUGCACCGCGAAGGAAAACGACGAAGUUGGCCUGCACAGCCUAAUAAGGUAAUAACACCCCGGCGAUACAAUGAUGUCUAUUUGUACGACAUGCCUCCAAGUCGAUGCUCCCCGAUUCCGGUGCCCAGUGUGAGCCCAUCCUGCCACAGCCAGAGCUCGGACUACGACGUGCCCCCGAAGGCGGUGCCGGUGUUCGGUGGCUAUCGCGGCUCACCGGCGUUAUCGUGCAUUUCGCCGGUCAGCAAGGACGGCUCACAGGACAGUUACGACGUGCCGCGCCCGCUGCUGCACUCACAGAACAUGCUCACGCCCUCCAGCUCGGCGAGUUCGCUCUCCCUCACCGGCGAGUCAUUCAGUUCAUCAAAUCGCAGUAGUCUUAUAAACAUGCCUGACUAUGAUGUGCCGCGCCCGCACCCCAAAGGUCCUCAGCUUGUUUUGCAGCACCAGCAGGCCGUCUACGACGUGCCACCCCCUUCGCACGCUGUCAUCAAAGAAUUACCGCUUGAAAUUGGUUCAGCGCUUGACGCUCUUGAGCGUUUACAGACCGAAACUACCGGUGCGAUCUCACGACUUCUUAGCUUUGUCACCGCCGACUGGCGAACAUGUGAAAAGCUCGAAGGAAACAUCCUCGAAAUCAAACUGGUCGUGAUCAGACUGAAGACAUCCUUGCAUGACUUUAAAGAAUUUUGCGAGGGGGCGCUUGGAAAUGCAACACGCGCUACCGAUAAAAACCUAGCUAGUAAACUGGUGACACUUGUAAUGGCGCUACGCACAGCUGAUAAACUUAUUCACGAUGCCGCUGAAAGGCUUGACCACCAAGGCUGGGAUGUGCGAACACUAGCACGUCCCGGUGAUGAUGACAAAUAUAAACCCGAUGAGUUGGAGCAAAUUAUCGCAUGUACACGUUCGCUAACUGAAGACAUUCGACAAGCUGCUUCGUUCAUCCAGGGAAAUAGUACGUUACUUUUCAAAAAAGACUCUGCCACCGCAUCGCAACCUGCUCAAACAAACGAGCGUCUCGAUGAUUAUGACUACGUUAACUUAGAGUCCAAAGAGGCCUACGCCAAGGCUAAUUCAGAGAUUCGUGACGAGAUGCCGAAGGAUUUACGCAAAAAUUACGACUGUAUGAUCAAGAACGUCGAAGAGACCGUUCUGAAAGACAUCAAUCCUGAUGACAAACAUAUUUUAACAUUCUACGCACACCAGACCACUGAGCAUCAUGGGAAUCUUACACAAGCGAUUGAUGCAUUCUUUCAAACGCUAGAGCAUAACCAACCGCCGAAGAUUUUCCUUGCUCAUGGGAAAUUCAUUGUCCUCAGCGCGCAUAAACUGGUACACAUAGGCGAUGCCGUCGGACGAUCCGUCUCCAACGCCGAGAUUAAAACUCGUGCAUCAAGCUGUGCGAAUAAUCUCUCCGCGGCGUUAGCGACAAAUGUUGCCAAGACAAAACAAGCAGCUUUGCAGUUUCCCAGCGUGACUGCUGUGCAGGAAAUGGUUGAUUCGGUGGUAGAUAUUUCCUACGUGGCAAAGGAGCUGAAACAGUGCUUGGUGCAAGCAGCUCAGCCGUAGAAAGUGAAAAUUUGCUGAUUUUUGGGAAAUUAUUGGUUGUGAAUAUAUCUAACGCUCAAAUUUUUGGGUUCGGAGGGAACCUGGAUGUUGAUUCUGUUGAUUAUGCACGUCUGAUAGCGAGCAUAGAACUUUUGAUACCGUUCUCCAUCCUCUUGAAUUCAUGGCAAUUGCGCCUUCGUUCCUUACAUUUUGUAUGUUUUAUAUUGAGGCAGCUAGACUUAGCCCCCGCCCCUAUGGCAAACAGCUGGAUGUGUUUUUAGAUGUCUAACAUACAUGCAAUUGUAUCACUAAUUAUGUGAAAUUAUAUUGAAUUUAUAUACAUGCGUACGAAAAUAUAUAUGAACAUUAAUAUUUAUUAUUUUAUGAAUCGAUUGUAGCGUCGGUUUGUUUUAUUUGUACAUAGAUAGAUUUUUAUUGUAAUAGAAUGUAAUGCAAAGUAUUAUAAUACGUUCUGCAAAAUAUAUCUUCCAACUUA